AUGAGCCCAUUUCAAGUUAUGUAUGGCUAUCUUCCACCACACUUAGGUUUUUCUUCUCAUGCUACCACUUAUGUUGCUGAGGUUGAGACAGAUUUAAAACAUAGGGAUAUUGUUAUUGACUUGCUGAAGGAUGCUUUACAUAAAUCUCAAGAGAGGAUGAAGUUUUUUGCUAAUCAAAAGAGAACUGACAAAACCUUCUCUGUUGGUGACAAGGUUUACUUGAAGUUACAACCAUAUAGACAAACUUUUGUGGCUCUAAGAAGAAACUUGAAACUUGCAGCCAAGUACUAUGGCCCAUUUACUUUGAAGCAGCAUAUUGGUACUACUCACAUUCCAUCCCCUGCACUCCCUGUUUUGGAUACAGAUGGACAGUUUCUUGUCAUUCAUGCAGCUGCUCUAGACUCAAGGACCAUUCUGCCUAAUGGGUUUUCUGUGCCUCAGAUACUUAUUCAGUAG